AGCGACCUUCCUAGAGGAUUAACAGCUGUAAAACCUUACGGGAAGUCACCCGACUACUAGUAGUAUGAAAACUUUUGAUUGGUACCAGUCUGGUAACUUGAAGCAACACCACACACUCUUACUCCAUCGAUCAUCAUCAUGACGAGCAACACCAGCGCUAGCAUCCCAGAUGGAGUCCAAUCUGAGUUCAAGGUCGUGUCGAUCUUCGACACAGACUUGUACAAGUUCACGAUGCAACAGGCUAUUUUCGAAUACUAUCCCAAUGCAAAAGUCGUAUAUCGAUUCACGCACCGUGACAAAUACCGCCAGUUCUCUAGAGCAUGUAUAGACAAAUUUCGAGAAGCACUGAACGGUUUCGCCGAUGUACAACUAACACAAGCCGAACGCGUCUGGCUCCAGGAUAAAUGCAAGUAUUUCAAGCCUGCGUACCUCGAUUAUCUCCAGUCUUAUAAAUUCAAACCCGAUCAAAUCUCUGCUACAUUCCUCCCGUCUUCUGAUGACCCUGAUAUGGGCAGCGUUAAGAUCGAAGCGAGAGGCUUGUGGCUGGAGACAAACAAGCCACGCAUAAAGCUUACAUCCCUCUUGGACGCGCGAUGUACGUUCAGUGAAUUUGGGACACGGCGCAGGCGCUCGUUCGUCACGCAGGAUUUGGUAAUGAGAGGGAUUAUAAAAGCGAGGGAGGCACAUGAGUGGAAAGAGGGUUUUUUUGGGACUAGUAAUGUCUACCUCGCUAUGCGGUACAACCUCAACGUCAUAGGAACGAUCGCUCAGUACGUCGCGGCACUGGGCGAUUAUAAAGAUGCUGCUGGAACAGCUCUAGAUCUCUGGUCUAACCUCUACGGAGAUAGUCUUUCAGUCACGCUCACGGAUACAUUCUCUACUGAAGUGUUUUAUCGGGAAUUCGACAAUAGACGCGCCAACCAAUGGAAAGUCCUGCGUCAAGACUCGGGAGACCCAAAAGUAUUCGCGCCGAGGGCUAAGCGGAUGUACGAAGAGCGCGGGAUCGAUUAUAAACAGAAAGCUAUCAUCUUCAGCGACGGUUUAGAUUUUAAGAAGGCGAAGGAGUUGAAUGAGCAGUGUCAGCUGCUUGGGUUCAAGUGUUCGUUUGGUAUUGGGACUUGGUUGACGAACGACUUUAAGAAGAAGAGCAGUGGGUAUGAGGAACAAAGCAAGGCAUUGAAUAUUGUGAUUAAACUUGGGUCGAUUGAUGGGAAGGAGUGUGUUAAGAUUAGUGAUGAGAUUACAAAGAAUACGGGAGUUCCUCAAGUCGUGGCAAAGGUUAAAGAGAUGUACCAGAUAUCGGCCUUGUAGACCCAUUUGUAGACCAGCAGUUCUGCCUCGUCACUCCAAGGCGUUCAAAGCUCAAUGUUCAACGACGAAGUGUCCUGGUGGCUAUGUAUUAGAAUAACUAUGUCAAAGCGAGCCCCGAUCAUAUAUAGAAAGCUCGUACCCAAUUUUCAGCGCUGCAGUACCGGAACCAGUGAAAGAAAGAUCAUUGAGGCGAGUUCAUCGCACUACUACUGGAAAAGUAUGAGAUUGUGUUUAUGAAGAUAGCUUUUGAGAGGUUG